UAGCAUUUAUUUCCAAAUGAAAAAAAGUUGGCAAUACACAAAGAAAAAACGUUCCUCCUGCAUCCGGCAAAAAUUUAUUAAUUAAUUGUAAUGUCCGAAAUAAGCGAACAAACUACUGCUAAAAAUGGCAAGCUGGAAGAAAAACAAUGCAAUGAAAACUCGGAAAUUACAACUUCCAUUGAAGAGAAGACCCCAACGAAGCAAGCAACGGCAAGCUAUGAUCUAAACAAGUUCCGACUUCACAGAAUACUAAAUAAUAACACACGAAAUAAAAGCAUAGCCCUGCUAGGUAGGUUCCCAGAUGUGUCAGAAAACGACCAAGCUAUCAUUGUUUUGGAAAAGCAGUCAUUCCAGGAAAGUGAUGUUGCUACAAGUAGUGACAACAGCAACGGUGUUGCAAAGGAAGAUGUAGUUGUUAAUCUAGCAGCAGCUUCCUACUUCAAUAAUGAUUUGAAAGUUCAAACUGAGUUUAUUAACAAUAUUUAUGGCAAUUAUCGCUGUUCACCACCAUCCGAGCUAAACGGUGUAAAGGCUACCGUGGUGUAUCCUGCCACCGACAAACAUGUUGAAAAAUAUUCCAUUUGCCAAAAGUAUGUCAUUAAUGAAACUCCAGAAUAUUACAAAGACAUUACAUUACCUUAUAUAACAUCAUCGCAAUUCUCAUUGGAGUGGGUAUAUAAUAUUCUGGAACACAAACAGGAAACAGAGAGAAUAAUUUUUGAAGAUCCCGAUCCGGAUAAUGGUUUUAUUUUAUUGCCAGAUCUAAAAUGGGAUGGUCACAAUUUGCAGAAUUUAUACGUUUUAGUAAUAACUCACAAGCAUGGCUUAAAAUCAUUGCGUGAUCUCAACUCAUCCCAUUUACCUUUGCUACAUAAUAUACGUACAAAGGCUGCAGAGGCAAUUGAAAAACGUUAUGGUUUAACGGCAUCACAGCUACGUAUGUACUUCCACUAUCAACCAUCGUUCUACCAUCUUCAUGUACACAUUAAUCCUUUGCGUAAUGAUGCACCAGGAAUAUAUUGUGAGAAAUCUCAUAUGCUAGAUACGGUUAUCAAUAAUUUGGAACUUUUGCCAGACUAUUAUGAGAAGGCUUCGCUGCCUUUUGUACUUUAUGACGGUAAUAAACUGCUUGAGCUUUACGAGAGUAAAAAUGUACUGCGAAAAGCAGCGAAACGUUUAUUAACGGAAGACGAUGUCGAACCUAAGGCUGAAAAAAUGAUACUGGAUGAUUGUGACAAUGUGAAUAUUGUUCCUGAGGAGUCCACUGAAUCACAGGCUGUUAGAGAAUUAUAAAUGAUAUGUUUUUUUUUUUUAAUAAAACAGAGUUCGCUAUAUUAUACUAGAAA